AAAAAAAAGUCAAAGCAUUCGAUUUAUAAAAAAUACCAUACUUAUAAAUACCGUGCAAAAAAAACACCAUCGAAACGCGAAAAUAAAAAAAUAUUUGAUAUUUACAUUGUGUGUCCAUCGCAAAGGAAACAACUAAAAUAACAUAUAUUGUCGUAGAUUCAGUGUUGGCACAUCACAUAAUUUCCAAUUUUCCAAUUCUACCUGUGCAUUAUGUCUAUGAUACACAGAUGCGAUAGAAUCGAAUAUAUAACGACACAAACACGUCUAAGAUGUGUGUUUAAUGUGCAUUCGUUGCUACCGUUCGCAUAUAUCAAUACAGUAAAACUUGAAACAUAAACGAUAAGCUUCAGCGUCAGUUGGCAAGCUUUCCUCAUUUACUUCGAUACGAGAAUAUUUACCUGACUAACCGAUUUUUCUGCUCUCCACACACGCUUGUGGAAGCGCCAUUAAAGAAGCGUGCACGAUUAGAUUGAAAGAGAACUGUGGUAAUAUUUUCAAUAGCGAGAUAUAUAUAUAACAAAAAAGAGAUUGACCAAAACAGAAAUUAUGUUGUCGCGGUCGAUGAAUGCAACAAGUCGCUUGAAGAAGCGCGAACGCACUCAGAAUUGGGCAUUCGAAGAGAAGCGAUAUCUCUUGGAAUUGUGCAAACGUGAUAUGAACAUCAUUGAAAAUAAACGUUUGGAUGCCGAUCUGACGGCAUUAAAGAAUCGCGCAUGGAAAUCGGUUCACGAAGAAUUUUGCAAGGUUUUUGGCAAUGAACGAAACUGUAAUCGGCUCAAGGAACAAUGGAGACGGAUGAAAGCUUGUACACGAUCUGAAAUUCUUGACUAUACAAACCGAGUGUCAAAGUAUGGACAGGAAGUAGCCGAUAAAAAACGACCGAAUGCAUUUACAUUUGAAAUUUGGGAUUUUAUGCAAAAUGCCAAACGCAAUUCAUGCAAAAAUGAUCCAGUACAAACGAUCGAUGGAUCCACCACAAAUCAAAUGUCCACCGAUGACAAUGUGUCACAAGUCAAUGUCAAUGGUACCGAAACUCACGAAACUCAGGUGCUAUCCGACGACGACGAUGACGAACUAUUCAAUUGGCAAAAGACCACACAAAAUUUAUGCGAAGUGGAAAUAAAAGAUGAAUCGUCAUCGACGAAUGUUGGCGGCAGCGGCGGCGCCAUCAAUUUUGAAACACAGGGUACCAAUGAUAAUAAUGCGGAUAGACCAUCAACAAAAAAGCUUAAACCAAAUAAAACCAGUGUCAGCGAUGAUUCAUUUUCACCAUUUACAAAUCCAAUAACAACAUCGUUCGAUGUAUUAAACUUUCUGCGAAACAGUUCAUUCAGCACAAAUAAUUCAAUUGGCAAUAAGUAUACCGAUGAAAUUCAAUUGAUUAUCGAAAUGCAGGCCAAAGAGCAUGCACUGCGAAUGGACAUUUUACGUGCUCAAUUGGAAACGGCCAAACUAAAUCGUGACAUUGCUGAAAUUAAUAAAAUUAUACUGUUACGAAAUUUACAGAAUGCACAUGAAUAGAAUCUAUUCGAUAGUAAGAUGUUAAGAUAUAGCAUAGUAAAACAACCAAACCACAUGUAUAAAGUUCUAAGUUCAAAUAUAUUAUUGACAGAGUAAGUGAAAAGAGAAGGAGAGAGAAAAAAAAGUUAACCAAAA